CUUUAUUGCUAAGAUAUAAAUAAAAAAAAGCACAAAACGACCAUUUCAUACAUAAAUGUUGAAUAAAAUAGAUGAUAGAUGAUCUAAACGUAUAAUGAAGAAGAUGUACUGUAAUGUAGCACUUGGUCUACUUAUGGUUGUAGUCUCUGCUGACAUGGUUGUAGCAUGUCCAAACAACUGUACCUGUACUUUAGAUGGAGAUACUGUGAACGUAUAUUGUGAUUCGAAAGAACUGACUGUGUUUCCAGAAAACAUCCCAAGCAACGCUGUCUUCAUAAAGAUGGAUAGCAAUUAUUUUACCACAGUUGAAGAAGGAGCUUUUCAAAAUUUGUCAGUAUUAUAUGCGAUAUCAAUGAAUGAUGGUUUAAUAUCAACGAUUGAAACAGGAGCAUUUGUGAAUUUGCCAAACAUGGUUCACUUAACGUUGAUUAACAAUCAAAUAUCUACAUUACAACAAGGAGCGUUUCAGAAACUACCAUAUCUCAGAUAUCUACGAAUGCAAGACAACAACCUACUUAAUAUUGAAUCUAAAGUCUUCAUCAAUCUCAUAAGAUUGCACGAAUUAUUUUUAUACAACAAUCAAAUAACAACAAUACAACAAGGAGCAUUUCAGAAUCUACCAAUCCUCAAAUUGCUAGACUUGAGCGGAAACAAAGUGGUAUUUGUCAGGAAUGAUACUUUUGACCAUCUCCCCAGCUUACAAAUUCUAAGUCUUCGACUAGUCUGUGAUUGUAAAAACUUUCCAUUUUGGUCCUGGUUGAAAACAAAUCAACAAGAGGGAAUUGUAACAUGUUUAGAUCGGGGGAAUGAUAAACUAUUCUAUCUCCCAGAAAGUGUUUUUGUUAAUUGUACUAACUAUUCGUGUCAUCCUGAGUACUGUUUAAAUGGUGGAUCUUGUAGUCAAAACAGUUAUGGCGAUUUGUUAUGCACGUGUGUUGGCAACUGGACCGGUGCUACAUGUACAGUCAAAGAAACGAUACAAGGUAAUGCAAUUUUGAUGGAUUACGUAUUCCCGGUAAAUUGUAACAUAAAUGCUUUUCGAGUGUCGCAUGGAUUUAUCAUGACGGUAAUGAAAUUUAUAAAGACGGGUCCGACUAUUUUAUAAAACAAACACGUUAUUUCUUUUAUAUAUUUUUUUUCAAAAUAUAUAUAUACAUGGGUAUACAGUCCGAUGCUGCAAAAAGGUUUAGGAUGUGUUAACCAAUAGUUGAAAAAAAAGUAAUUGUUUUCGUAUCUUUGUAAAUGAUGACAUGCGGUAGUUAUUCUUUUAACAAGAAUUCAUAUGAUUUCUUCGAUAUUUAGCUCCCAAAAUAUCUAAACAUGUGUUACUUAUUUGCACUUUAUGUGUUCCCUUGCACAUUGUAUCAUGUUUUUGUCAAACUGUAUAUUGGUUGACAAUGUAUAUAGAUUGAUGGUGAACGAUUUGUCAAUUGAAUUAAUCAGUCAAAAAAUUGUUGCAUACUCGUAUAAACAGCAUUUAUAAAAGUAGAUAUACGAAAUGUCUAAUUCCUUUUGUCGAGAAUUUGCUUUAAAAAAGCUGAAACUUAGUUAAAGGUCAUUUUCAUUUUUGACAAAAUUUAAAGUUCUCUCAUUUGUGAUUUGCUUUAUAUAUAAUACCAUCAUGCUAUACACUUUACAUUGCUGAAAUGAAUGAAAACUUAAAAUAUAAAUUCAACACAGCUUAUAAAAUGUACUCACCUCAUGAUACAUGUAUGUAUAAUUAACUAAUUUAAUACUUACAUUUAAUGUUGUUGUUGUAUUAUCUAUGAUAAAUACUGCUUUAAACAUAAAGAUAUAUUUGUACUAACGGUAGUAAAUAUAUUAGAUAUAUGAUAUUAUUUUUCAUGAGACAUACCAUUGAUUGUUUAUUGAUGUAAAUAUAACUAUUGAAUAUUUCUUUAUAAAUAUCAUUGUCAGUUCACUUUAUUGAUAUAAAAACAGAUUAUGUCUUUUAUUUUCAUUCUAAGGUUAAGUCUCUUAAAUAUUUUAAUUUACCUUAAAUACUCUUUGUUCUAAUAUGUUUCAUAUUUUAAGACAUUGGUAAUGGUUAGAAAUAAAUCAUCAAUCAUUCAUUUACUGAAUGUAUUUGAGAAGUUACAAUUCCUAUAACAAGCUUGCAGACGAUAUAUUUUUUCCAGUUUUAUAUUUCAUUUUAUUUGAAUUCAGUUGUAGUACAUAUGUUUAUUUUUAUUUCAAGUCAUGUUCUGUUGUAGUUGUAAAAGAUGGUUGGCAUCGUUUGAGUCGUUGCGACAUUGCCGAAAUUUGAUAAUAAUGGAUCAAACUGUAGCUUUUCAGAUCAGAGAAGUCAUUUAAAUACUUUUAAUCAUAGUAUCUAGUGAUGAGUUUAUUCAGAGGUGAAGUUAUAAUUGCGGAGCUUUUUGUUUACCUUUUGAAAAGUAUCUUCUGAUUCAUUACUUUGAUAACCUAAAUUAAUACCGUCAUGCGGGAAAGGAACGAACCGAAUAACAUGUUUGAUAUUCAAUUAUGUACCUUGAUUAAUAGUCAAAAAUCAGCAAACUCGUUUUGAGAAUACUUUUCAUAGAUACUAGGGAUCCAUUGAAUCAUACCUGAAAAUCACAACCACAAUAAUAUAUUAAUAGCAGCAUAAUUCAAUCACUCAUUUAUAAAUUUGACGUGCGUGCAAAAAUGGUGGGCUCUAAGGUAAUAUCCCAAGCAUGAUUAUUAUUUCAAAUAUGGAUGUUUUAUUUUCAAAAUAUUUAAUUAGGGUUGUCAAAAUCUUAACCCUUUCCAAAUGGUGAACCUUUACAAAAUGCUAGUUUUAAAAGGUAUAUGUCACAAUUUAUAUUAAAAUCAGUGAUAAUUAAAGGGAUAGACCAACCACAUAACACAUCAACAUGGGUAAAACGAAUGCAUCUAAGUCUGUUCCUGUCCAUAUUUCAUUUGGUAUGCUCCUGUUUUCGGGAAUAAAGCUGUAAUUGUUGUUGAUUUGUUUAUGUCAACCUAUUGUUAACCACCUAAAUAUAGAUUGAAUAACACAGUUACUUUAUCCCUUGUCGUUGUCAGUCUGCAAUUGGUUGCGUCUGAUUGUUGAAUAUAUUUUAAGUUUUACACAUUGUCACAUUCCUUUUUUAUUACUUCUGGUCGAUGUCGGGAGCGACAGGUUAUCAAUUAUUAGCUGCAUAACUGACAUACAUAAACUUUGUAUGCUAUUUGCACAUCGCAGUUCUUUAAAUAUUUGUGAAAUUGUUAUUCUCUUACAUCAUCUUGUUACAUUCAAUAUAUAACAAAUAUAAUUGAAUACAUCUGUAUUAAUUAUUACACCUUCCAGCUUUUCGUCAUACGAAGCGCGUUUUGAUAUACACGAAAUUCAAUUUUGAAAUAGAAUAUAUAUAUGUAUAUGAUGUCCCAACCAUUAUUAAUGAAUAAUAUGUUUACAUAACCGAAUACUCAUUUAUUGUUAAGUUGAGUCGAGUUGGUUUCGUUUUCACCUUUCACCAGUGACUACUAUUUACAAUUCUAGAUGAAUUAUAACUAGUAUUUGUUUUGUGAUAAUACAUAUUAAAGAUCCUAAAAGGACUAUGUAGUCCUACUCUAUAUAAGUUUUCUUCUUCACGAAAACCAAUCACUUUCAGAUGUCGGUUUAUCAUAUUAUAGAUACUAGGACUAAAGUUAUCUUCAAUCGCGUUGAUACAAACCAGAAUUAAGAAACUGAAUGGGUCUAUCAAUACCCAUGCUACGUCAAUCUUUAAAGACCCAAAUGUUGCAAAACACUUGUCCUACCUCCAUGACAAAUAUGUUGUUGUCCCCGCAGAUAAAGCCCCAAACAACAUCGUUUUUGUGUGUAAAUUUCAUUACAUAAAUUGCUUGAUAAAUGAAUUAGCUAUUGACAAUUCACUUGAAAACUCAACAUAUACCCUAACGACACUUAUCAAAAAGGACAUCCUGGAUAAUCAUAGGUCUGUUCUAUGUUUCUUUGGAAUUUCAACCAAAGAUGAAGAACUGGAUCUUCCAUCAUUGUAUUGGAUACCUAAACUACAUAAGUGUCCUUACAAACAACAGUAUAUUGCUGGGUCUUCCAGUUGCUCCACGAAACCUCUUUCUAAAUUCUUAACUUCUAUUUUAUCAGCAAUUAAAGCUGGGCUUCAAAGUUAUUGUGACACUGCCUAUUCUAGAUGUGGCGUGAAUCAGAUGUGGAUACUAAAAAAUUCCAAAGAUCUUUUAGAGUACAUACAAUCUAAGAAUCUUUCAUCUUGCCAUAGUAUCAAACAUUUGACUUUACACAAGUAUUCCCCAUUCCAAACUAAAAGACUAAUUGAAAGAGUUGGUAUUGCUUUGUUUCAUAAAAAGAAUUGCCAACGUAGAUAUAAGUAUCUUGUCUUAGGGAGGGAUAAAUCCUACUUUGUAAAGAAUCACUCUGAUUCAAACAAAAAAUUCUCUGAAACUGACAUUAUCAAGAUGCUUGACUUCUUGAUUGACAACAUAUUUGUUACGUUUGGAGGACGUGUUUUUCAACAGACUGUCGGCGUUCAAAUGGGAACCAAUUGUGCCCCUCUUCUUGCCGACUUGUUCCUUUAUUAUUAUGAGGCUGACUUCAUACAGGAAUUCUAAGGAAGAAAGAUAAGAAGUUAGCAAUAUCCUUUAACUUUACUUUCCGCUAUAUAGAUGAUGUUCUCUCGCUAAAUAAUUCAAAAUUUGGUGACUGUGUUGAACGCAUCUAUCCCAUCGAACUUGAGAUAAGGAUACAACAGAUACAGCUAAGUCUGCCUCAUAUCUUGACUUACAUCUAGAAAUUGACAAUGAGGGUCGGUUGAAAACAAAACUUUACGACAAAAUAGAUGAUUUCAGCUUCCCAAUUGUGAACUUUCCAUUUCUAUGUAGCAACAUUCCAGCAGCGCCUGCAUACGGAGUAUAUAUCUCCCAAUUGAUACGAUAUUCCCGGGCUUCUAUUUCCUAUCAUGAUUUCUUUGAUAGAGGGUUGCUGCUUACAAGGAAGCUAUUAAACCAAGAGUUUCAAAUGGUGAAGCUGAAAUCAUGCCUUCGUAAAUUUUACGGACGCCAUCACGAGUUGGUUGGCUGUUAUGGAAUAACAGUUUCACAGAUGAUAUCGGAUAUGUUCCUUAUGUCGUAACUACAAUCCCCUUUCCUUUUCACGAAUGUGACGUACCGAAUUAGACUAUUUACCACGUUUGUAAUAACAUGAGCAACACGACGGGUGCCACAUGUGGAGCAGGAUCUGCUUACCCUUCCAGAGCACCUGAGAUCACCCCAGUUAUUGGUGGGGUUCGUGUUGCUUAGUCUUAAGUUUCUAUGUUGUGUGUUGUGUACUAUCAUUAGUCUGUUUGUCUUUUUCUUUUUUAGCCUUGGCGUUGUCAGUUUUUUUUUUUUUUUCGAUCUACGAGUUAGACUGUCCCUCUGGUAUCUUUCGCCCCUCCUUCAUUUCUAUGUAAAAACAUUUCAGCGCCAAUGCAAAUGGAGUUUAUGUCUCCCAGUUGAUACUAUAACCUAGAGUUACCGAUUCCUAUCCCCUUUUCAUUGAUAAAAGCUUGCAGGAUACGGAUAAUUUUUUUAAGCGUUCCAAGGGGUAAAAUUGAUUCCUUUAUAAAAUUUACGAAUCCCAUAACGAGUUAAUUUACAAUUGUGAAUAGCUGUCUCAAAAAUGUUAACUGUUAGCCACAAAAUCACCGAAAUAUAAGCAUCAUUCUUUAUCUCUAUUAUCAUAUAUCUUCUUCAAAUUUCAGUCAUAAGAUUGCAGUGUGUUCUAUAUAAAGGUUGCAUAUAUAUACUGUUGUUAUUGUACAAUUAAUUUCCCUGACAUGCAUUUAACAGGUUCAUACAUCAUUGGGGCUCUCACCAGUCAACUUUACCAUAAAGCGUGUUACUUUAUUGAAUGAGAUAAGAAAAAGUACAGUAAAAUACCAAAGACAAAGAAAUGUCAAAUGAGAAGAAUUCAGCUGAAAUCAGAGAAAUGUAACAGUAAUGGUGAAGCAGAAGUUCUAGAGGGAACAACUUACGAAAACAAUAUUGAUCGUCAGUCAGAUAUAGUAGAGAUAGCAGCAGUAACUAAAAAUGAAACUGUCUCAUCUUAUGUGAUGUAUAUUUAAAGACGAAAACACCACAAGCAUCUGACAUAACGAAACUUGCAUUCUUGAGUGGCAAAUGUACCAUAAUGAAGAUCCUGCGGAAAAUUCACCAACCUUUGAAUUUUCUAUAAAUCUUAUAGCAAUUUGACGAACAGUCGUUGGGCACAUUAUAAAAACUUUUGACUGUCGUAAACUCUAUAACCAAUUGAAUAAAAAACUGAAGAUGGGGGAUACAUUUUGUCUAACUUUUAAAAGGUUCAUUGGACCAGAAUCUUAUUUAGGAGUAUAUAUCUAGGUCGUCAAAGUUACAAGCAGUGUGAUUAAGUGUCAGAUUUUAUUUUGGGGAAAGCUUUAAUGCAAAUAAUGCUUGAUAUGAUUGUAAAUUUUUAUUUAGACAUCUGCAAUCACAUGGAAAUUUAGCUACUAUAAUUUUACAUUUGAUGGAUUGCACCCUAAAUAUUGCUAAAAUGACUUAUCUUUCAAAACUCUAGUUGAAAAUAAAAGAAUGUCAAAACAGUUAGCCAAAAAGGCAGCUUCAACUGGCUUGUGCAAGACACAUUUUAUUUUGUCAAUUCAAAAAAUGGUAUUGAUUGACUAAGAGCACUUUUGUCUCAAAAAAUAGUCUAGGCAUACUACGUGUUACAACAUCAAAAUCUGUCAUUCAGAGUGUAUGAUUUUUGUAUUACGAAACGAAGAGUACGUUGGUUCAGAGUCCGUAUGGUUCAGAUUAUGUAAUUGCAGAAUCUAAAUUAUAAAAUUUGGGUGAAUUCUAAUAGAUAUCAACAAACAUUUUCAUUUGCAGACAUACUUACUUCUGUGAUAAAGCUUCUAUGAUAUCAAUAAACAGUAAUUGUUAUUACCAAAAACACUUAUUUCUUAGGUGACUUAAACUUGACAUAAUAGAACAUCAGGUCACUUAUUUUGAUAUAAUGAUUUAAAUAUUACGUUGCACCAAGAAUUUUAAAAUGAAUCUAUGUUUGUCAGCUACAGUUUUAGACAAGAACUUAGUCUUUUUGAUUCGUGCUCUAGUAUACUAUGCAUACCUUAUUCUUUAGCAACUCUAUAUAAUUGAAUGUCAGGCAAUACAAUUUAAAUCAUAUUAAUAGUUAACCUUUUGAUAAAAUUCAUAAAUAUUCUUUAUUGUUCUUUAUAAUAUGGAGGAUUUAAAGUCAAAGGUAACAAUUUUCUAACCAUAGUAAGACUGAUUACAUUGUGUACAACAUAUUAAUGAAUAUAACCUAUUAGACAAGAAAUGGGUCACUGUUACUUUUAUCUACAGUAUACGUAGUUUUUGACAGCGGGUUCACUAGUUUGUGCUAUGACAUUGUAUGAUAAUACAGUUACUUUAAGGAUAUGUGAGCUAUUGCCAUCACUUUGUGUCCAUUAUUGUCUUCUGUCCAUAUUUCAUAUCUUAAUUUGCCGCUCUGAAAUUUCUGAGGCCAAUUUCAAACAAACUUUACAUGGAUUGUUCUAUUACACUUGAUGGACUGAUUAUAUCCAAGAUUACCACGAUUAAUAAUGAAAUGUCGAAAAUAGAUUUAUUUUUCAGGAUUAUAUUAAAUAAAGACUUUUAAAAAAAA